AUGUUGGAAGAACCAGCCUGGUCUUUUCUGGGUCCUGACAGCAAAAUGUUCUUGCAGAGCUUUCCCGACCACGACGUGCUGGGCCAGGCUUUUGAAGAUGCUCUGGAAGUGCUGCAGCAGCACUCUGACAGGGAAAUGCAAUGUCCACCAGGUUAUAAAAACUGCCUGUCUGUGAUCAACCAUCACCACCACCUCCGAGCAAGUCCCAGUUACUGCGCAGCACCAUCUGUAGAGGAGCAAGGGUAUAGCUGGAGAAACGUGAUUAACAGCACAGCAGAUUUUUAUGCAGAUGAGACUGUCUACCAUACACUGCAGAAUGCUCCAGAAAGUCAAGUGAUGCAUACUGCUGCUGACCAGCCAAAAGCAGGGAAAGGUAGAAAAAAGCUUCGACUAUUUGAAUACCUCCAUGAGUCUCUGUAUGAUCCAGCUAUGGCAAACUGCAUCCAAUGGGUGGAUAAGCCAAAUGGUGUCUUCCAGUUUGUCUCCAAAAACAAGGAGAAACUUGCAGAACUCUGGGGAGAAAGAAAGGGAAACCGCAAGAUCAUGACUUAUCAGAAAAUGGCCAGAGCACUGAGGAAUUAUGGAAGAACAGGUGAAAUCAUUAAGAUACGUAGGAAGCUGACAUACCAGUUCAGUGCUGUUGUUUUAAAGAGACUUGCUCCAACUUAUUUCUUAGGAAAAGAAGCAAUUUAUCACCCCUACAUUCAGUCUAAUCAAGAAUAUCAUGGUGCAGAUGACUGGACCAGUUACAAUAAUUACAUGUACAACAAUGGUUAUGCAUUACAGCAUGCUAACAGCUAG